AUGGCAGCCAAUAAAGAUUUUAAAAAGGCAGAAACCGUCGGAGUUUUCUCACCGUACGUUCAUCUGCUGAGUGCCGAUGCUAAGUUCCGUCACUGUGAUCACUGUUUUGUUUGCUCGACACAUCUAAAAUCUUGUUCUAAAUGUAAGUACAUGAGGUACUGUUGCAGAAAUUGCCAGUCAGAAAAAGGUCGCAGUGAAAUGCAGGAGGUACUGGGAAUAGAGAGAAAUUACUCACAUCUGAUGUCUCACGUCGAUGAGAUAAAGCAAAGUGAAAAAGCGAUGAGCACCUUUAUGAAGAGGGCUGUUGAAAUUAAACACUUCAUCAGCAGGAAUGGAGAUACUAACAUUGGUUGUAGUGGUGAUGGUUGUGAGAGUGAUGCCGUAGAAUUGAAGAACCCUGGUAUGUUGUUAGAGACUUUUGGUAAGAUGGUGGUUAAUAGUUACUCAAUAUUAGAUGAGGAUUUAAAUAAUAUAGGCACUGGAUUUUAUCUCGGCCCAUCCAUCAUAGACCAUAGCUGCAGACCGAACUGUGUCAUCACUUUCAAUGGAAUAAAUAUGGUGGUGAAAUGCCUGAAGGACGUUAGCAUGGGAGAUCGCUUGUACAUGAGCUACGUUGAUUUAAUGAACCAUAGAGAGGGUAGAAGAGAACACUUACUAAGGACAUACUUCUUCCACUGUGAAUGUGAAGCCUGUAAUGACCACGAAAUGGAAAGAAACAUGUUGACUGUAAGAUGUUUGGGAACUGGCCAAAAUGAUAAUAGCAAUGAUGAUGCCUGUGGUCUUUUCAAAUCUUUUAAAGAUGAUUUGGAGGCAGUUAAAAAGUCAUUUGAUCUUUUGAAAGGUAGAGAAGUUACUGAAGAACUUGGCGAACAUAGGAGGGAAUGUUUCAGCAAACUGCUUGAUACCUAUUCACCGAUUAACAUUCACAUAUUCAGAUCAUUGGAUGAAGCCUUUGAGAUCUGCAUAGAAUUAGAGCUCUGGUCUGAAGCCUGCUACUACGGCGAAAAGUUGAUCCCCAUCUACCAAUUUUAUCUGAAAGAUCCCAAUCCUAAUUUUGGGCACUUUCUUGUUAAACUGGGAAAGAUCUAUCUAUACCAAAUGCAACGUAUUGAGGCUCUGAAAUGCCUUGAAAAGGCGAACGAUAUCCUAUCAGUUACACAUAGCCCGGAAAAUGCAUUGUACAUUAGAUUGCAAUCAUUGCUAAUGCAAUGUAGGCAAGAACUAUCUUUGAUGUAA